UGAAUAAUUUCAUGGAUUCAAUAUUUGUGGUAAAUGUUAUGUUCGUCAUAGUCACAGGAUACUAAACCUCUCUUUGUUGUAUGGUAGGUGUAAGUCUUUGUUGUGAAUAUGCAAUUCUUGAAAGGUGCUGGAUACAAAAGUUUAAUUUGACCUACUGUGACAGAAAUACAAUGAGUUCUGGUGAUAAAUCUUCCUCCCGACCUGUGAGGGCGCUAAAGAACGGGAGGAGAAGUAUCUGGAAGGGCUGGCCUGACAGUUCGUUUCCGGGACCGGAAAGUGGGUCAGCCUGGAAGGAAGCGAGACUCUGUUGUAAGACCGUAUUGAUUUGACAGGUAAACAAGGGGCAGCUGCAAGUAAUAAGGCAGCUGCAACCGUUUACCUAGAUAUCAUGCGGGAUUACAUAUAGGGGCCAGGGUAACGCUGUUCUUUUCCUUCGUUUGGGUUAAGCCAAGGACCGAGAAGGACGUAAUCCCUGUAUUACUCUGCAAAGAGUUGUGUGUGUGUGGGUUUGUGUUUGUUCGUCUCUGUAAACUAACUGUCUGUGUCUUUUGAAAUCACUAGACAGCUAAACGCACAUCCGGAGCUGUCGCCUUGGGCCAGCACAAGCCGGAUCACCACUUCACGAACUGUCACGGAAUAAAGUAUAUUCACGCACCACCAUCACGACUGCACGCACCCGAGACGGGUGACCGUGUUUUUGUUUCCUUUAUCAGGACUGCAACCUGUGUUCUUCAGCCCCGAGCUUUACACAUCGUUGUGUAUUGCCGGGGCUUAUUAUUUGUGGUCACUAGACCAGGACGGAAAAUAAAAGCUUAUUUUCUGGAUUACAGUUGUCUGCCCGUCAUUCCUGCACCGCAUCACUGCUACACCUGUUCCCCCUACCACCCACUUUGCCACACGUGGUGUCAGAAACGGGAUCAUGGACCGCAACGCGCUGGCGGAGCUGCUGCAGGCACUGGAGAGCAGACGGGACGCAGAGGAGAGAAGGAGGGAGGAGCGCUAUACAGCGCUCAUUGAACGGGUAGGACUGGCCGUGGCUGCAGUAGCGACCCCGACGACAAUACCGGUGAUGUCGCCCCCGAAGGCACGGGCGAUGAAGAUGUCGGCGGAGGAUGACCCGGAGGCGUACUUGGUGGCAUUCGAGCGGCUGGCUACCGCGGCGGCUUGGCCGCGGGAGUUCUGGGCCAGCCAGCUGGGACCCUGCCUGAUUGGGGAGGCUCAGGCAGCUUACCAGGCUAUGAGCGACCAGCACGCCACCGAGUAUGACCUAGUCAAGCAGGCUAUCCUCCGCCGGCUCAAUAUUACUACCGAGACCCACCGGGCGCGGUUUCGGGAGUACCGGAGAGCCCCGGAGACACGCCCCAGGGUGGUUGCGGAGAGGUUGUGCGACCACAUGGUGCAUUGGCUGACCUCCGGGAAGAAGACCGCCCAGCAGAUGGGGGAAGCCAUUGUGGUAGAACAGUUCUGCCAUGUGGUCGGCGCCGAAACCCAGGCGUGGAUACGGCGCCACAACCCCGACACCCUGGAGGAGGCGGUCAAACUGGCCGAAGACUUCGAGGACUCCCUGACCUCUGCCCGGAUUGGGAUCCUGUCCGCCCCUGCCCUUCGAAGCAGCCGCGCUCUCUCUCCCUCUCCUCCAACAUCAUCACCACCACCCCCCUCGUUCCAGGGACCCAGACCUCCCAGAGCACCGACCCCAUUGGGCCCCCUUGCCUCCCCCCCAUGGAGACCAAGGUUGGCCCCCAGCUGGGGUAGAGGUGCUGCCCCUGCCCCGUUGCCAUACCAGCAGCGGGACAGAUUUCUAACCCAUGCCCCCUCUGUCCCUCCUAUCUGUUUUAGGUGCCACCAGCCGGGACAUCUGGCCAGGUCAUGCCCCGCUGCCAUGGAGUGUGACGUGGCCGCGUGCAAUUGGGCACCUGAGACUGACAGCUAAACGCACAUCCGGAGCUGUCGCCUUGGGCCAGCACAAGCCGGAUCACCACUUCACGAACUGUCACGGAAUAAAGUAUAUUCACGCACCACCAUCACGACUGCACGCACCCGAGACGGGUGACCGUGUUUUUGUUUCCUUUAUCAGGACUGCAACCUGUGUUCUUCAGCCCCGAGCUUUACACAUCGUUGUGUAUUGCCGGGGCUUAUUAUUUGUGGUCACUAGACCAGGACGGAAAAUAAAAGCUUAUUUUCUGGA